AUGGGGGUGGUGAAAGGUGGAGAGUCAAAGCAUCCUGAUCUAGUGGUGGAAGUGGCCCAUCCCAAAAUAAUUCACGAAUUUGGGGCACAAAUCCUACGCCAUGCCAAUCUCCUGGGCCUUCGUGUCACCAUGGCCACACACCCCGAUGGCUUCCGGCUUGAGGGACCUCUGGCAGCAGCCCACAGCACAGGGCCUCGCACUGUGCUCUAUGAAGGUCCUGUCCGUGGGCUCUGCCCCUUUGCCCCCCGAAACUCCAACACCAUGGCAGCCGCUGCCCUGGCUGCCCCCAGCCUGGGCUUCGACCAGGUGAUUGGGGUGCUUGUGGCAGAUCUCAGCCUCACAGACAUGCACGUGGUGGAUGUGGAGCUGAGUGGACCCCCGGGCCCCACAGGCCGAAGCUUUGCUGUGCACAUCCACAGAGAGAACCCUGCUGAACCAGGAGCUGUCACUGGCUCUGCCACUGUCACAGCCUUCUGGCACAGCCUCCUGGGCUGCUGCCAGCUCCCCUCCAGGCCGGGAAUCCAUCUCUGCUGA